AUGAUUGAGUCGUGGCGUUUGAAGUGGUAUAGAGACCAUCAAAAAGAGGUGAGAGCAGAUCUAUACAAAGGGCUUGCCGAAGCGGUGCUUAGAGGUGAGACAAGUCCAGCCACUGCUGGGAAGCGAGUUGUUUUGCCAUCAAAAUUUGUUGGAGGGGCACGCUACAUGAUUCAGAACUAUCAAGAUGCCAUGGCAAUUUGUGGCUGGGUCGGUUACCCCGAUUUGUUUAUCACAUUUACGUGUAACCACAAAUGGCCGGAGUUACUUGAAUUUCUUAAGAAACAUAAUCUUAAACCUGAAGAUCGUCCUGAUUUGGUGAGCCGUCUUUUCAAAAUAAAGUUAGAUCAUCUCAUCAAGGAGAUAAAGAAGGGGAAAAUUUUCGGCAAAGUUAAAGCAGUUAUAUAUAUUAUUGAGUUCCAAAAGCGCGGACUGCCACAUGCUCAUAUUUUAGUGUUCUUGCGUGCUGAGUUUCGAUGUCUUCAUCCUAAUCAAAUCGACAAAAUUAUAUCAGCUGAAAUUCCUGAUAAGAAUCGUGACCCCAAGCUAUACGAAAUAGUUGCGUCGCUUAUGAUACAUGGUCCUUGCGGUCCGCAAAACAAGAGUUCACCAUGUAUAUUGAUUAAAAAAUGCACCAAAUACUUUCCUAAAAAGUUCGUCGACAACACUGUCAUUGAUUCUGAUGGUUACCCAGUAUAUAGAAGAAGAGAUAAUGGUGUGUUUAUAAAAAAAAAAGGUGAAUCAUUUGUCGACAAUAGAUGGGUUGUACCUUACAACCGUAAACUAAUGUUGAAGUAUAACGCCCACAUCAAUGUCGAAUGGUGCAACCAGUCUCGGUCAAUCAAAUAUUUGUUUAAGUAUGUAAACAAGGGUCAUGACCGGGUCACCGCAACAUUCUACCAAGGCGGAGAUGCAUGUUACGACGAAAUCAAAAUGUAUUAUGAUUGUAGAUAUCUCUCUGCAUGUGAAGCGGUUUGGAGGAUUUUUUCAUUUGAUAUCAAUUAUAGAGAGCCAUCUGUGGAGCGACUUAAUUUCCAUCUUGAAGGUGAAGAACCUGUUGUGUUUGAGGAUCAUGAAGACAUAGCAGAUGUCAUAAAGAAACCCCAUAUCCGUGACACUAAGUUCAUAGCAUGGUUUGAGGCAAACCAGAAAUAUCCUGAAGCAAGGGACCUAACUUACGGUGAGUUUCCAUUGAAAUUUACUUGGAAGGCAUCGCAGCGUAAAUGGACACCGCGACAGAGGGGUCUUUCAAUUGGUAGGAUUCAUUUCGUGGCUCCUGGUUGUGGUGAAAAAUUCUAUCUCAGGACCUUGCUUAACUAUGUAAAAGGUCCUCUUUGCUAUGACGACAUUUACACAGUUGGUGGAGUAAAGUAUAAUUCGUUUAAGGAGGCCUGCUUUGCGUUGGGUUUAUUAGACGAUGAUAAAGAGUUUGUAGACGCCAUUAACCAAGCUUCUUUCUGGGGAACUGCCAGUUAUAUGCGCCGUUUGUUUGUGCAAUUAUUGGUAACAAACCAAUUUGCUCAACCUGAAGUCGUAUGGAGCAAGACUUGGCAGAACUUGAGUGAUGAUAUGCUACAUCGACAAAGAAGGGCGUCCCAGGUUAUUUUUGAAAAUCAUGCAGAUCUGGUGCUGGAUGAUGACCAGCUGAAGAAUUACACACUAGCGGAAAUUGAUAGACUGUUACGCAGUCACGGAAAGAGUAUGAAGGAAGACUACCCAACCAUGCCUCGAACAGAUAUCUCCCUUAUACAUGAGUCACGAAAUAGAUUGAUAUAUGACGAACUGAACUACAACCAGCAGUUGCUUGAGAUUGAACAUAAAAAACUAAUGUCUACAAUGACAGCUGAGCAAAAAAAUGUUUACGAGAAAAUCAUUAGUAGGGUGGAUGAUAACCUUCCUGGUAUUUUCUUUCUUUACGGAUACGGUGGGACAGGCAAGACGUUCAUCUUGAGGGCGUUGUCAUCUGCGGUACGCUCGAGGAAGGAAAUUGUAUUAACAGUUGCGUCAAGCGGAAUUGCAGCUUUACUUAUACCUGGUGGGAGAACCGCACAUUCAAGGUUCGGUAUACCUAUUAUCGUAGAUGAAAUAUCAACAUGUGGAAUACAUCCUAAGAGCCCUUUAGCUAAAUUGGUUUGUAAGGCAAAACUGAUUAUAUGGGAUGAAGCACCUAUGAUGCAUAAACACUGUUUUGAAGCACUAGAUCGCAGCUUGAGGGAUAUCCUUCGUGUUCAAAACAAUGGCCGAACAGCAUCCCUUUUGGUGGAAAGGUUGUGGUACUUGGUGGUGACUUCAGACAAAUCCUUCCCGUCAUACCUAAAGCUAAUAGACAAGAGAUUGUAA